AUGUUUGACUACUUCACCAGCCAUCCGCGGGAAGGAGCAUCAUUCAACCAUGUCAUGGGCGGGGUGAUGGCUCAUCAAGCCGGCUGGCUGGAAAUCAUCCCAGCCGAACAUUUCAUGAACGGAUCAGAUCCCAAUGGGCCAUUGGUGGUCGACGUGGGAGGAAACAUCGGCCACGAUAUCGAAAAGUUCCGCCAGGUCUAUCCAGAGACCGCACAGCGACUCUACCUUCAGGACUUACCGGCAGUGGUUAAACUCGCCAAAUGUCCCGACCCGGUGAACAAAAUGGCUCACGACUUCUUCCUGCCUCAACCAGUUCUAGGAUCUCGUAUAUAUUAUGUGCACGCUGUUCUGCAUGAUUGGUCGGAUGAGCCGGCGCGGCAGAUUCUAAAGAUGAUCCGAGAUGCUAUGAAGCCCGGGUAUAGUAGGCUGCUCGUUCAUGACCAUGUGAUGCCAGUGAAAGACGCCCAUCCACAUGCAACUGCGUACGAUCUUACCAUGAUGGCCCUGUUAGCCGGGGUCGAGCGCACCGAGACGCAGUGGCGGGACUUGCUAUCCUCCGUGGGACAUCGGGUGGUAAAAGUAUGGCAGUCCCCUUUGGCUGCACAAGCAAUCAUUGAGGCUGUCAUAGCAGAUUGA